AUGGGUGGCUUCGGUGUUUUUGGUGGUUUUGGAGGCAUGGUAGGAAUGGGUGCACCACCAGGAGGCAUGGGAGGCAUGGGUGGCAUGGGAGCACCAUCGGGAGGCUUCGGCGGCAUGGGUAGCAUGGGAGCACCACCGGGAGGCUUCAAAGGCAUGGGUGCACAACCGAUGAUGAGUUUCUAUGGAAGCAUGGUAAAACCACUGGGUGGAUUCAUGGCCUCCAUGGUAGCUCGAUCUAGUGACACUACGGGAACCAGCCGAGGGGCCGGCGGCCGUCGGCACAGCAGCACCUGCCGUCGGCCCACGUCUGUGCCGACGGCCGCCGUCGGCACACCGCCGUCGGCACAAUAUCGCCUCGGCACGGACCGGCUCGCCGUCGGCCCAGCCUUUGCCGUCGGCACGGACUCCAGCCCGACGGUCAAGCGACGCCGUCGGCACGAUAGCCGUCGGCACGGUCAACGUGGGGCCCGCGGAGCGUCUAACGGCCGUUAG